AGAUUUCUUCAUCCAAGAUGAUCAGCAGAGUACAACCUUUGUGCAAACCCCUUUUGCAACACUUGGUGCGAAAUGCCGUUAAGGGCAUGGCUCCAACCACAGUGCGUCAAAGUCAUGUAGUCUCAUAUCGUGUUGCUCCACCACCACACUCGAAGGCUACUCGCAUCGGUGCCGAAUUGGUUGGUGCCGCUAUGUGGUGGUGGGUGUUGUGGCAUUUGUACCAUGAACACGAACAUGUCACCGGUGAAUUCCCCUAUCCCGAUCCAUCCCAGUGGACCAACAAGGAGCUUGGCAUCCCAACCAACGAAUAAAUACGCUGAUCG